AUGGAGGUGACACAUCAGCAGCCUAUGUCAUGCUUCAACGUGUUUUCGUCUUUUUUGCAGGAGAUCACGAACACGAGUCUUUUCGGCCCCGAAAACAAGGAGAACAUUCCUCCUGGUCGUACUGGGAAGUUCUCAAGUGAGGGUUGUAGAGGCUGCAGAAGCGGCUGGAAGGACAUUGGGGUCACACAAUUGCAGAACAUUUCCCUCAACAGCUGUCGUUGCACUCCCAUUACAAACCGUCAGCGUAUAAACCACACGGGUUUAACGCCUGGCAACAAGUAUGCCGCAGGAUCACCGUGUGCUGGCAGUUUUUUUCCAACCAAUGCAAAUGUCUCGGAGACCUCCUUGACAACAGAGAAUGAUACAGGGUAUCUAAAGGAGAGCGACUGCUUUAUUACUCCGGUGAAGCGGUGGAAAUGCGCUGAUACCGUGACGAAUGCCAUUCACACUGCUGCUACGCCCUGUACUCAGCAAAGUAGACUGUGUGAGCUGUUUCAAGGGGCCGGGCCUCUUCUUCCGCCACCGCCGCCCCUCACCCCGAAUACGAGUAUGGAAUCAACUCUGCUCCCAAGAAGCGUUUUACUAGAGAGUGACGAAGAUGACAAAGAUGGGGUGGAGGAGCAGACAGUUCAGAAGCGCUGUCUAUUUAAGGCAUCCCGCAGCGUCACACAGCCUCAGUCUUACCUUCAACCGUUGCAAGGGGAGCGUCCGCCACAACAGCAGGGGGGGAAAGAAGAGUGUUCCCCACCCACCUCAUCUAUACCUGCCAAUCUGCAGCCUGCACACCAGCAACACGUUGUGCAGCACAAUGGCCCACCGCCGGCCUACCCUCACAACGAAAAGCGCCAAACCAUGACACGCGUAGUGGGUAACGCCACCUCUCUUAUUGCCGUCAGUGGGCGUCGAGUUCCCAUUGACAAGUUACACCUUCUCCUGCGACCAGCAACAGCCGAAGGGAAGAGUGGUGUCAAAACGAAGGAUCUCACUACUGCUGAUAAAGGAGUCGUUCUUUCUGCGUUUGAUUCCUCCAAUUCUGCGCCCAUUUUGCCUUCCUCGAGGCCAAAGCCGACAGCUCUGACGUCAGUAAAGGUGAUAUCGCUGCCUGGCGCGGCUUCGGCCCCACCUAUGAAAAGACCUUUGCCUGUUUAUCAGCACUGCGACUACGUCAUCCUCGAGUUUGCGCGAGGAGUUGUUAUGCGCUUUAAGGUGGAUCCCUCUCAACCUUUGCCUGUUAUGGGACGCCGCUAUCUGGCAGCCAUAAAAAGCAGCCGUAGUCCGUACGACAACGUUGCCUACGAAGAUGCCGGUGUCUGUGUGUAUUUGCAACGUCACCACAGUGAUGGCAACCUGACGACCGGUGCGGUACAUAAAUCGGCGCUCCACGAUGGAAUCAUCCUUCGUGAGGUAAAUGAAAACAUUGCCACUGACGCCGAGCGAUUGCAUGAAUUGAGAACUGCAUGUAACAUUGCCACUAUAGAGUGUUGCAAGCAGUUCCGCUUCCUUAACUUGCCCUUCGAACUUGUGGAUGUAUGUUACACGUUCGAUCGGAGUAUUUGUAUCGUCUACUAUACCAUCCAGCCGCAGGAGGGAACAAGCAGUCAGCCAAACAUCUCCAGGCUGUUGCGCAUGCUGCAGUUUACGUUGCGGACGAAAGUCUUCCUGAAGGGGAUUACUGGAAGAGAGUAA